AUGGCACCUUUUACCGGCCUACGGGCCGCAUUAACCCAGAUUUACCCCCCAAAGCCCGUUUUCACCGGAGCCGAUGUCCCCGCCGGCUCGUUGCAGGGCCGGGUGUAUAUCGUGACCGGUGGCAAUGCGGGGAUCGGUCUGGAGCUGGUCAAGAUCCUCUAUGCCGGUGGCGCUACGAUCUACAUAGCCUCUCGUUCGAAGGCCAAAGUCGAGGCCGCCAUUCAAGCCAUCACAAGCCCGUCAUCCAACACCCCAACCACCAGCGGCAAGCUCAAGUUCCUGCAUCUGGACCUCAACGAUCUAAAGACCGUGACAGCCGCGGCCGCCAGCUUCGCGGAGCAGGAGUCCAAGCUGGAUGUGCUGUGGAACAACGCCGGCACGGGCGCCAACACGGUCCCUCUCGGCGAACGCACCUUGCAGGACUUCGAGCUGUUCAUCGGCCGCCACUGCAUCGCGACCCUGCUCUUCACCCAAUUGCUCCUCCCGCAACUCCGCGCCGCCGCUGCGGCCGCCUCCCCCGACAAGGGCCAAACGCGCGUGAUCUGGACGUCGAGUGCGCUGGCGGAGGUGGGCUCGCCGCCCAACGGCAUCGACUGGGCGGUCAUCGACCAGGGGACCAACAAGCUAGCGCAGAACUACGGGGUGUCGAAAGCGGGCACCUGGUUCCUCAGCCGGGAGUUCGCGCGCCGGUACAAGAAGGAUGGGAUUGUCAGUGUAUGCUUGAACCCGGGCUACCUGAAGACGGCGUCGUUCAACGGGACCCCGGCCCUCGUCAUGUUCAUCAUCAACCGGAUCAUGCUCUCGGAGCCCAUCUACGGGGCGUAUACGGAGCUGUUUGCGGGGCUGUCGCCCGAGGUCACGCUCGAGAACAGCGGGGCGUAUAUCAUCCCCUGGGGACGCGUUCGACCGGACUCGGCCACGGGGCGGCAGGAUCUGAUCAAGGCGGGUGCCUCCACGGAGGAAGAGGGAUUGGGGUAUGGAGCGAAGCUUUGGGAGUGGUGCGAGAAGCAGUGGGCUCCGUAUGUCUGA